AAACGGCUGGUUCAAAGCACAAAUUCUUAUUUUAUGGAUGUAAAAUGUCCAGGUUGCUACAAGAUUACCACGGUUUUCAGCUGUGCUCAGACAGUGGUGCUUUACGUAGGUUGUUCAACAGUGUUGUGCCGGCCAACAGGAGGAAAGGCCAGAUCCACAGAAGGGUGUUUGUUUAGAAGAAAGCAACACUAAUGUUCCACACAACUUCCUGAAUUUGUGUUCUAUCGCAGAAAGCCUUAUCAGUUCAGCAAUUCCAGUUAAUCUACCAAGAUAAUGUAAUUAUGUUUAAUUCUGUAAGGUAUAC